ACCUGAGGGUCAGCGGUCUUUUGUGUCUGAUUGGCGGAGAGCUUUAGAGGCGCAGUGACGUCAGGGGGGCUCUGAGUGUGGUUCCGCCAGAGAAACCAGGCAUCAGAUCGCAGCGACGGAGGUUAGUACGAGCGCACUGCGUUCAUAUUACAAAGACAGCACACGAGACGCGCCUCUGCACCUCUCUGAUACACAGUAUCUCCAUCAUUGAUCGUAGCAAAAUGCCAUUGGGAGAGGAUGGACAUUCCUGGAAAAAGAAAACAUCCAGCGUCAAGGAAAACUAUGACUUCAAAGAAGUUUUGGGAACGGGGGCUUUCUCUGAGGUGGUGCUCGCAGAAGAGAAGAGGACAAGAAAACUAGUGGCAAUAAAGUGCAUCCCAAAAAAAGCUCUGGAGGGAAAGGAAAACAGCAUUGAGAAUGAAAUUGCAGUGCUCCACAAGAUUAAACAUGCCAACAUAGUUUCCCUGGAGGACAUCUUUGAGAGUAAAUCACACCUCUACCUUGUCAUGCAACUGGUGUCUGGUGGCGAACUCUUUGACAGGAUUGUAGAAAAAGGAUUUUACACAGAGAAAGACGCCAGUAAGCUCAUCCAGCAGAUCUUGGACGCUGUGAAAUACCUACAUGACAUGGGCAUCGUCCACAGAGAUCUAAAGCCAGAGAACCUGCUGUAUUACAGUAUGGAUGAAGACUCCAAGAUAAUGAUCAGUGAUUUUGGCCUGUCAAAGAUCGAAGGUUCAGGCAGUGUGAUGAGCACAGCGUGUGGCACACCAGGAUACGUUGCUCCUGAGGUUCUGGCACAGAAGCCAUACAGUAAAGCAGUGGACUGCUGGUCAAUCGGGGUCAUCGCAUACAUCCUUCUAUGUGGCUAUCCUCCAUUUUACGAUGAAAAUGAUGCCAAGCUCUUUGAGCAGAUUCUAAAGGCAGAGUAUGAGUUUGAUUCACCGUACUGGGAUGAUAUCUCUGACUCAGCCAAAGAUUUUAUUGUGCAUUUAAUGGAGAAAGAGCCCAGCCUGCGUUACACAUGCGACCAGGCUCUCCAGCACCCAUGGAUCGCUGGAGACACAGCGUUGGACAAGAACAUCCAUGAAUCUGUCAGUGCCCAGAUCAAGAAGAACUUUGCCAAAAGCAAGUGGAAGCAAGCUUUUAAUGCCACAGCAGUAGUUCGUCACAUGCGCAGGCUACAGUUGGGAACCAGUCAGGAAGGUCAGAUGCAGUCCACCCUACCCAGCCCCUGCCACGGACACCUGCUGCUGCCCGAAGGGGACGAGGAUGAGAGCUCCCUGCAAAGGGAAAAUAGUGGCUGUUCUGAGGAUGUCAGUGAAGGUAACGACAUCCAGAACUGCACCUACCACAUCCAUCAUACCAGUCUGGUCUGAGUGUCAAUCAUCCCACAGUAACCAAUCAAUGACUGUCCUUUUUUAAUACUGGAGUCCUGGCACACCCCCAGUCUGGCCAGGAAUACUGAGUAACUCCAAUUUCCUGCCACUAGGAGGCACUGCAGUGUAAAGAACCCAGGUGGGAUCAAGGUUAUACUAUUCCAGUGGAGGUAUUCUGUUUAAAGAGAGGAGAGUUCGAAAAGAAAAGAGACAAGAAGAUUGCCACAGAUGCUUUAUAGGUAAUAUAUGCUAUUGUGGAAGUUAGUGAUUGGACAGUGUUUUAACUCCUUUUUAAAACAAAAUUGUCUUUUUAUGUCAUUUCUUGAACUAAGAGUUUAGUGGGCCUAUAUCUGUCUAUAUCUAUCUUGAUUAAAAAAUGAGAACCAAGUCUCACCUAAAGCUUGUUGUCUAUGUCUGAUGGUAUGUGGCCUAAUUCAAUUCACAUAAUCAUUUUAAAUUUGAUAAGAUUUUACAUGUUAGAAUUGCAGAAUGUUGAUGUUAGGAUGUGCUAAGAUUGUAAACUUUAACCAUAAAAUAGGCAAUGUGCACCACAAGAUACAUACUCUUUUGUUUCUUAUAAGGGGUAUGAGUAAAGGUUUUUCACCCAAUAUUCUUAUCAUUUAUCAUAGUUGGGCCUGUUUUGAGUAUGUGGGUCACGUGACUUGGUUCAAAAGUUCUGUGAUCAUUAAGUCAGCCUGAUGUUUAACCUAAAGCCAACAUGGCUGCCCAUUGUGCAGGACAUGCUGACUUUGUGAUAAUUAAUUAUAUAUUAAUCAUACUUCUGUAAAAACCCCAAUACAACUGCUAAUAAUAAACAUUGUAUUUAGGUGCGGAAGAUAAAAAUUAAGUCAUAUGUUGUUCAUGUGCUUAUUUAGCACAUUUUGAAGUGUGUGUAUCCCCUGAGAUACGUUGCCAGAUUAAGGGACGAAAAAGAGUUAAUCUACAAUAUUACACAUACACAUUUAUUACACUUACACAUGUCAAACCUUAAAACUAAACUUUUCUCAGUUUUGUUUCAGACAGACAUACACACAAUCUCACUCACACACACACACAUGUAUAAUAUGUUUUAAAAAAAGAGGGGAAGUCUGAAACUCACAUAAAUAUUGAUGACUUUGAUUUCAACGUAUCCUGGGAGAUACAACUCGUUAAAUCCAAAAUACAUAAAAAAUUCCAAAUUAUAUAAAAAGUGACAUGAAAUUAUUUUUUUGCUAAUCAUUUUCCACUCUUGCCUGUUUUAGGGUUAAAUGCACAUCUUGAAUUUAUGCAAAAAUCAUUAAAUCAAUCAUUUUUUUUUCCUCCAUGUUUUUCUUUAAAAAUAAUUAAAAACAUCCUUAAAAGAUAUACAAAAUAUAAGACUUGUUUGCAGGAAAUAGAUUUUGAACUAAGUUUAUUAUUUUUUAAAUUAUCAUUAAGCUUAAGCCGUACUUACAUUUUUUUUAUUUACACUUAAAACAAGAAAAAAAUUUCCAAGGGGUUAGGAAAACUAAACUAAAGAUGUAUUUAGAUGAGGUAAACAAGACAUUUUUACAGUGCACACUCCACAACAGGUUUUACAGCCAUGAGAUUUUACAUGUUAACCAUGUUGACACAUCUCGAUUGCUUUACACUUCCAUUAGAAGUGCCGAACAAGUCUAAAUUACAUUUUGAUUUGCCUUUGUGUUACACCAUGUCUACUCAACUAAUUGUUAACUCAUCAUCAGUAUGUUUAGUGGCAUUAGAUGUUUUCUGUUGUGCCUUCAUGGAUUCAGUCUCAAAGUUUUCCUUUUUUAAUUUGUUCACAAAUUGUUUUGUUCUGUUUUUUCUUUUCAGUUUGGGAAUGUUGGAAGCUGUACAUGUUAAAACAAUUGUUUACUUUUAUAUUCAUCUGCAAGGCUACAAGCUGUACUAAGUGAUGCACUGUCGGUGGACCCUUUGUAAAUGUCUAAUGUAUGCUGCCAUCCUUGUAAAUACUACAGAGCUUUUGUUAUAUCUUCAUAUUUUUUUCCAUAUAAAGUACUCAGGGGAGUAAUAUAAAUCAGAGGAUUUUGAUAUAUUGAGUGGAGGGAAAAAGGAAAAAGCUAUAGGAAACUGAAAUACACGUCACCGCAAGGCAAUGCUUCAAAUUACAUUAUAUAACCAUAUUUGACAUUCUGGACUCUUUUCAAUGUUGGAACCUGUAUAAAAGUAACCUCCAUUAAAGGACGUGAAUGUGACUUGACUCAAAUUUAAUUUUUCUACCAGCCAGAGGUUUUUUUUCUUCAAAAUGUUACAUAAUAGGAUUCUCCAGAUGUUUGUAAAAAGAGUCAAAGUUUUCCACAAGGUUUUUUUCAUUAACGUUGCACACAAAAUAUAUAUAUAUAUUUUUUUCUCUCUGUGUGAACUGUAACCACGAAUAUGUUUGUUUAAAAAAAUAUAAUGCUCUUAAAAGUGAAGUCAGUAACUUUUGUGCCAAUAUGUCAAAUUUCACAAAUGUAUCUCUGUUUUCAAACAAAUUUCCUGAACUCUUCCCCCAUCUGCCAUUGGUCAGACGAAUAGAUAUGCCCGCCCCCAACUCAAGCCAUUUGGGAUGCUCAAAAAUGCAGAGCAAUAUUCUGAUAGCACUACAGAGACAUGUUUACAGUUUUCGAAGACAUCAACCUACAAAAAUGGCUAAUAGUUCUCUGCAUAUUAAGAUCGAAUAGGUAUUUUAGGUAUAAGUAUUCUAAAAUUAAAAAAAAUGACACAUAAUUUUUAACUGCUUUUUAAAGAUGUUUCAAGAUACCAUAAAAGCACUUUGGAGUUGUUGAUGUUGUAAAAGUGCACACAAUUAUUUAAGUCUCAGUACUACUUAAAUUUUUUUAUUAGUUUUUUUACAAGCAUUUUAAUGUGUCACCUAGUCAUCACAUAGUCCAAAAUGGUUGCUGUAAGGUUCUCCCAUACAAUGCAUUAUGAUGCAGAUUGAAUCAUUGGUGAAACUCUUUAGUAACAAGCAGACUUGAACUGUGUCCCAAAUGACAUACUAUGCACUUACAAUAUAUCCUUUGCACUGUAGUAUAGUAAUGUAGUGUAUGUAUUUUCAAAGUGUAGUAUCGUCCCAACUUUAAUACACGGAAGUGAUGUUCCAAAUGCAUGCGAUGUGUUGCCGCUAGCUUUAGCAAAUUAGCCAACCUCAGUUCAACACUUGAACCUCAACUUGCAUAUUCACACAGCAUUCAACUUACAUUUGAAAGGUACAUUAUUUACAAUUGUUUUGUCAGAUCAGCAUUAAGGCAAGGUAACUUUGCCCAUUCCGCUACGUACGGCAUGCUGCGAGCGCUGAGUGAAUGAAGUGUCCAACAUACCACACUCCACUUUGAUGGUUGAAGAAGUGUAUCAUCUGGGUACUCAUAGUACACUUCUUUUUAUUGCAUUUUCAGUGUUAAGGCCCAGAUAUACUUCAUACAAAAUCGAAGAACGAAUGGGUAUGACGUCGUAUAGAACAAAAUCUGGCCAAAAAUGUUUGCGCUCCUUUCAGUGGUUUGGAACAGCCCGGCUGAGCAAACUUUUAGGAAAACUUCUAACAGGAUGCUAAACACCUUGCUGCCAUCGGUCCAUGUCUUCGGUAGUUGUGACCUGAAGCUCCACCUACUACUUUGUUUACGUUUUUUAAGGACCAUGCCAUGCAAUAUUUUUUAAGUUGUCUACAAAAGGAAUAAAAUCUACACAAAUACUCUCAAGUGCCCAUUCACUCAUGUGCCAUCUGCAGCGAAAGCCAUUCACACAUCUUCCCAAAGUAACAUGUCUCUCUUUUCAUCAUUCUUUUGUCUGUAUGUUACUCAUUAUUACUCUUUUAUACACCCAUCUUUGCAGUUGUAUCAGUGUCAUCAUAAAUUACAAUAACAGAAUGUAAACAGAACUUAUCCGGAAGUAAUGUCGGGGCCUUUAACGUACUACUCACACUACAUGCAUUACAAAAUGACAGAUAAUAGUGCAGAAUUGUGCGGGUUGGACGCACCUUUAGCACACAAAGCUAGCUCUACGUAGCGGAACAACACCUUACAAAUGUAAGUUCAAUGCUGUUGAACUGAGUUUGGCUAAGACUAGCUGCAACGCAUUGCAUGCGUUUGAAACGUCACUUUCAUCAGCUUUUAAAUGGCGAAUGCUUCUGUGUUGUAAAAACAUUAGUGUUCCAUUUGGGAUGAUACUACACUUUGAAAAUUCAUACACUAGAUUGCUGAGUUUAGUGCGUGAUUUAAAGGGAUAGUUCACCCAAAAAUGAAUAUUCUUUUAUCAUUUACUCACCCUCAUGCCAUCCUAGAUGUGUAUUACUUUCUGACUUCAGCAGAACAUAUUUGAAGUAUAAUAGAAAUAUAUCUUAGCUCAUUUUUCUCUCAGUUGAGACAUCCAGAAUGAGCACACAAAUGGACCAUUGUGAGUAAACAAUCAGAUACAAAUACAGAUCCAAACCAAAACCAACAAAGCUUAUGUACAGUGUUCCUCCUACUCAGUUGUAAACAGCGCUGCUCUUCCAGGUGUGUUGCACAUGCGUCUGUUCUGUCAUGAACAUGCCAGUCCGAUAAUGUCACAAGCACACUGUUGCUGAUUGGAAGCAAUGAUUUGUAGUUUGAAAUUACUUAAAUAUUGAUCUUUUUCGCACCAAAACCGAUUGUUUCUCUUUAGAAGAUAUUCAUUUAACCAGAGGAGUCUGGAGUAUGGAUAACGUUUAAGUUGACCGUCUGUCCUUUUUUUUUUGGAGCUUCAAAGGUCUGAUCAUUUUAAGGACCUACUGAGCAAAAAUAUUUUUUAAAUUUUUCUUCAAAUGUGUUCUGAUGAAGAAAGAAAGUCAUACACACCUGUGUAGGCAUGAGGGUGCGUAAAUGAUUAGGUAAUUUUCUUUUUUGGGUGAACUAACCCUUUAAGACACAGUAUGAAGAGUCUGAGACACAAAUAACAGAACAGAAAACGUGAGGUUACAACAAGAAUAUAUAUAUAUAUAUAUAUAUAUAUAUUAUUAUUAUUAUUAUUAUAUAUAUAUUUUUUUCAUAACGGUAUAUGUUCUCAUUUUAGAUGUGUGGUGGAGAAUGAUGAAAAGCAAUUUAAAAAAGAAAAAGCAAAUUUAUAGUUAAAGAAAAAGUACUGAACAUUUUUCCCUGUCAUGUGUAAUUAUGCUGGCAGUGUUGCUUACACAGGACUUCAUGUAUUGUUCAUGAUGUCAUGGGUUAAUGGGUCAAAGAAUAACAAAAAUUAAAUUGAUCAGUUGUUGUUUUGGUAGCCUUCAAAUUAUUUACUGUAAUGUUUUCACAAAUAUGAUUGUAUUCUGUGGCAGUUGGCACAUGUGUACUGCAUCUUGUUUUAAAGUGAUACAGUGGUUGCUAGGCUGUGGAAAAAGAGGACUUGCUGUCCAUUUAUAUGCUGAUACAGUCAGAAUGAAACAAUAUAUAUUAACUUACAGGGUGAAGUGUUUCAUUCAUGAUAAAUUGUCCCUGUCUCAAAGUCUUCCUUAUUGUCUAUGGAGUAAAACGUAUGAUGUUUUAUAUGGAUGCAAGUGUAAGUGCUGCUCUGCAUGUACAGUAUUUCAGCAUGGUGUGGUGAUGUAUAUGUGUAUAUGUAUAUAUAUAUAUAUAUGUAAAAUAAAGAUUAUUGUAAAUACACUGAUAUAUAUAUACUGUAUGUUUACGGUCAUAUACUAUUGUUAAAUGUAAAGUGGAGUAAAAAAAUCAAGUUUGAGAUUCCCUUAUUCCAAACCUCUUAAAGUCUUGA